ACCAUCAGUGUUUGAUUAUCAUCGAUCAUUCUACAUGGGAGUUCAGCUCAGGAAAGGUUGUGUUUUUCCUCAGCGGAUAAAGUCAAACUUUGACGUCACACUUGUAAUCUCGUUGAGGGCUCGGCGGCGGGUUUAUCUCUUCGGGGGCUCUUUACUCUGAUUGCUGUCAAAGGGAAGGAGGAGACGCUUACAAACGCGCAACAUUGAGAAAAUCGGAAUUAUUUUUCUUCGGUGCAAUAUGUAGUGAUUUUUUCAGUUUCUCUAGAUUUGCAAAUAUUUAAAAAAUGUAAGGAUUUGACAUUUGGAUUUGUCCAGUAGUUUGCCAUAAAAUAGGAGGGCAAAAGCCAUGGACUCAUAGCUAGUGAAGUGAUGAUUGCACACAACAGCUUCUCUGUGAUUCUUUUUAUUCAUUUUUUAGCAGCUCAUAUGUUUGCUUGGAAAUCAUGGGUCAAGCCCCGAGUGCCGCGGAUAAGGAAGUGACUCUCCAACACAUCCAGGAGCUCUACCGCAAGUUUGCAAACCAAUGUCCGAGUGGGAACCUGCACCUGCACGAAUUCAAGAAAAUCUUUGGAAUCAACCAGAACUCCACGGCAGAAGAAUCUGCGUACACGGAAAAUGUGUUUCGGUCCUUUGACACCAAUCGGGACAGCAUGUUGGACUUCAUGGAGUACGUGGCGGCGGUGCAUCUGGUCCUUCGUGGGAAACUGGAGGACAAACUGAAGUGGUCUUUUAAAGUUUAUGACAGAGACGGAAACGGCUGCCUGGACCGAGAGGAAGUGAGACACGUCGUCAAAAUCAUCUACGCAAUAAAGAAGCACAACAAUCCGAGCAUCACGGGAAAUAUCGAGGACAUCUGUGACCGAAUAUUUCAUUCAGUGGACAAGAAUAACGACAGCCAGAUAUCUUUGGAGGAAUUCAUCGAGGGGGCUGAGAGGGACCCCUGGGUGAUGGACCAGCUCAAGUUGGACAUCCAGCCCUGUGAUUGGUUCAUUGAACAGCAGGAGAAGAAUCCCUGAUUGGAGACUGAGUGACAGUGAUGCUCCGCCUCCAUUGUUUGUUUGUUUACACACCUCAGCGAGGACGUCUUUGGUUGUGAGACGUCCCGACUGCUUCCAGCUGCAGGACGCAGACACACAAACGUCUUUCCCAGUCUUGUCCUGCAAAAGGUUUUUCAACUCAGGAAGCUGUUAAGCUGAAACCUGCAAAAGACAAUAUCUCCAAAUCUUAAUAGUUCAGUAAAUCAUAUGUGCUACUGGAAGGUGAACUUUGUUUCAAGAAUGAUA